AAUGAAAAAGAUUCACUUCGCCGAUUUAAAUAUUAAACACCGUGGAAAUCCUAAGCAAACCUUAGCUAAUGUAAAACGGGCUGUGAGAAUGGGAUAUGAUGCUGUGGUUAUUAAUAUUGACAUUGGAAGGUAUUCUCAAGUAGAUAUUGAUAAAAAAGAAGAAAAUGAAGAAGAAUCUUCAACAGAAACAAUUAUUCCAGAUCCAUUUAUUUUAAAUGAAUCAGAAUUGGAUAUUUCUACUUUUUUGCAAAAUGGGAAAAGUUUUCGGCAAUUUAGUCGUUUAACGGUAACAUUAGACGAAAAUUCUGUACAUAAAUUUCAACAUGACGCGAGGGUGAAGAAAUAUGAUAUUAGUAAUUUUUUAAUUAAAAAUUUAAAAGUUUUGGCUGUAGUGUAG